AUGGGCAUUCUCGACAACGUCAGGGGCCGCAAGGAUGCCGUGGUCGCUGAGGCUGCCCUGCAGCCCGCCACCGAGUCCAGCACCGAGCCCAAGGCCGACUACGCCGUCGACCACCCCUCCGACUCCAACUCGGACGCCCUGAGCCUCGAGGCCCGCAACGAGCGCGAGAUCGAGAAGCACCCCGACGAGGUCACCAAGAAUGUCGACCUGGGUGUGCAGAAGGUCGAGGCCGCCGCCCUCGUCUGGUCCAAGAAGACGGUGUGGUGCAUCUACGCCUGGAUCUGGGUCUGCUUCUUCAUGCUGGCCUUCCAGCAGUCCAUCGGCAACAACGUCAACUACUACGCCUACUCGUCCUUCUCGGCCGCGCCCGAGAUCUCCACGGCCAACAUCCUGGCGUCCAUUGUCGGCGGCAUCCUCAGGCUGCCCGCGGCCCGCAUCCUGAACGUGUGGGGCCGUGCCGAGGGUCUGUUCGUCUUCACCUGCAUCUACCUCCUUGGCAUGAUCAUCAUCGCCGCGAGCAACGGGCCCGACGGCUACGCCGCCGGCUACACGCUGUACUGGAUCGGCUACGACUGCAUCUACAUCAUCCUGGACAUCUUCAUCGCCGACACGUCCGGGCUGAAGAACCGGGCCUUCGCCUUCGGCUUCGUCACCACGCCCUUCAUCUGCACCGCCUUCACCGGCCCGCUCGCCGCCCAGUCGUUCCUGUCCAUGACCACCUUCCGCUGGGCGUACGGCGCCUUCUGCAUCAUCCAGUGCUUCGUCUUCUUCCCGCUGGUCAUCGUCUUCAAGCUGUACCAGAAGAAGGCCGAGAGGCUGGGCAUCUACAAGAAGGCGUCCAGCGGCCGCAACUUUGCCCAGUCCACCUGGCACUACGUGCAGGAGUUUGACAUGUUCGGCUGCCUGAUCAUCAUCGCCGCCUUCGUCCUGUUCCUGCUGCCGUUCAGCCUGACGUCGUACAGCAUGGCGGCCUACUCCAGCGCCAAGUUCAUCGCCAUGGUGGUCAUCGGCUUCUGCCUCUUCCCCGUCUUCUACGUGUGGGAGCGGUACUUUGCCAAGAAGCACUUCGUGCCGUGGGAGCUGCUGAAGGAGCGCACGGUGCUGGGCGCGUGCGUCACGUCGGCGGUGCUCUACUUCAGCUUCUACUCGUGGGACCUGUACUACUACUACUUCGUGCAGGUCGUCUACAACCUGGACAUCAAGAACGCGGGCUACAUGUCGCAGAUCUACAACGUCGGGUCGUGCUUCAUCUCGCCCCUGUUCGGCAUCUACGUGCGCGUGACCAAGCACUUCAAGUACGCGUGCCUGUGCUUCGGGCUGCCGCUGAUGAUCCUGGGGGCGGGGCUGAUGGUGCACUUCCGCGGGUCCGACGGCGACAUCGGGUACGUCAUCAUGUGCCAGAUCUUCAUCGCCUUCUCGGGCGGCAUCCUGGUCAUCGGCAACCAGAUGGCCGUCAUGUCGGCGGCGGACCACGUGGGAGUUCCCAUGAUGCUGUCGAUGCUGAGCAUGAUGUCCAGCAUCGGCGGGGCCAUCGGCCAGGCCGUGGGCGCGUCCAUCUACUCGCACACGUUCCCCAAGGCGCUGGUGUCGCGGCUGCCCGAGGACCAGCAGGCCAACUGGUCGACCAUCUACCUCGGCGGCGCCACGACGCAGAUGACGUACCCCGUCGGCUCGCAGACCCGCGACGCCAUCAACUACGCCUACGGCUACGCGCAAAAGUACGAGUGCAUUGCCGCCACGGCGAUUCUCGUGCUGGCCAUCCCGGCCAUUGGCAUCUGGAAGAACUACAACGUCGACCGCAAGCAGGUCAAGGGCAACGUCAUCUAA